UUCGAUAUAAGCGCGGGGUGGCAGCGCCGCCGCGCAGUGCGCUCCCACUGUCUCGUCAAGACGUAACGUCCACUGCUAUGGAGAGAAAGGCGUUACUAGCUGUAGUGUGUUGGUUGACGUUUAGUGGGACGUUUGGAAAAGAUGAGAACGUAGUUAAUACUUUAGUUAUUAGAGACAAUAUCAGUGAAGGUAGUGCUCCCAGACUGUACCGCAAUGUUCCUAUUGGAGUAUACGCAAGUGCAGCGCCGCAUAUGGACCACUCGUUUCACAUUCCUAGAUUUGUCGCGGCUCCAAAAGCCGCAGCAAGCCGGAUUAUACCCGUGAAAGAAGAAUAUGUUGUACAUAAUCCAAAUACGUAUUUAAAGGAUUCGUAUGGUAACAGAUUUGUGGGAACACCUCAGUCUGCAUAUAAGGCGUCUUACCCACAGCAAUUCGUUCAGCUCCAAGCGUUGCCGGUUCAUCUUGUAAAUCCGUUACCUGCAGCAGCGUCCAGUUAUCAAAUCAAUCAAGCAACCCCACAGAUUAUUUAUGGAUCGCAGUAUAGAUUACCAGCUUUACAAACAGCAGCGCCUACUCCUAUAAAUAGAUUCACAGGGUUUAACCAACCAUUAGUGUAUGCUCAAAAUGUUCAACACGUGGCGCCCUCGCAUAGUCAAGUUCAGAGAUUAUCCACACCUAAGCAGACAUCUAACAAUGCGGUUUUUCAAAAUUCUCAAGCAAUAAUUAAGUAUCACGAAUUAAAGAACGAACCUAAGUUUCAACGACUUGAAGAAAGACCUAAAGCUAAUGUGGAAAGACAAGAAAAUGUAGAUAAUGUAAAACAGGUAGACAAAGAACAAUUACAAGAAAGUCCAGGUACACAAACUUAUACGACGAUAGUUAAUGGCCAAAAAACCGUGAUAAAUGUGGAGACUAAACCACCAGUACCGUUACUAGACUUGACACUUUUGGAACCGCUGCAUUUUGAGAAUCCUGUUGUUCCUCAAGUGCAGCACUUUUUGCCGAGGAUUAAUCAGGCUACGUACCAACAACUUCCAGAAUUCAACUUGGAAGGAAAAAAACAACAAAAGAAAAUUGAUGGUGAUGGUUUACAAAAAAAGUCUCCGAAAAAGAAACAAAAGAAACCAAUACAAAACGAAAAUACAUAUCAUAAACGAGUGCCUGUUAAGCCAACUAUAACAAUUAAAAACACUCCUAACGAAGCUCCAGAGAUUACAUAUGAAAUAAAUUCGCCUAAUUAUAAAGAAAUCUACAAAGAAAAAGUAGUAAGUUACAAUAAAGAGACAAAACCAGAGCCUGUAAAUUUUAACUAUGCUCGCAAGACAACAAAAGAACCUGUUACUUAUAGUUAUGAAAAUAUUGUAGAGAAAAAACCAAUUUCAUACACUUAUGUUCACAGUUCUAAGGGACCAAUGCAAGUUAAAGAAGUACAGUAUCAAACCAAUGGUCAGCCAAAACAUCUUAUAUAUAAAUUCAAGCCUGAAGAAAAUAAUGAAGAACAGAAGGAUACUUCACCUCAUCAUCCGCCUCCUCGGUCGGAGUCUGGUGAGUCAAGCUCUUCCGAAGAAACUGAUGAAGAGGAACACAAUUAUCAACCACAACAUGACGAGUACGAAGAAACACCGAGACAUGAGGAACAAUCUAGACCCGAACACAGAGAGGAGCAGUAUCAAUAUGAAUUGAAACAAGAACUUCGUAAUGAUGUUCCAUAUCAAGCACCACCUUCAUCAAAUCAACAAUUACAGCAACAUCAUAUUCCUAUACAGCACGAAAUUCAAAUUCAGCCUAUAACAAAAGAGUAUGAAGAAAACAUACGACUGAUACCAGUGAGUCCAACACAGGGCCCUAGUGCUGCAGUAAAAGUUAACCCUAAUCAACACAUACAAAGGCCAGCGCUACCGGUAGUGAAUCAAAAUAUCCACCCAUCUCCCGUUCCACAGUUACAUCAAGAACAUCCGCCUUCUUUACACGUUGUACAUCAGCAUCAUCAAAACCAACAUCCAACGCCAGUUCCACAAAGACACCAGAAUAAUCACAAUUAUAACCGUGCACCUCAUCAGACUCAUAAGAAUGAGCCUGUACCUCACAUCCUUGAGAAAUCCAAACAUAUAAUUAUCCAAGAGGAAACACCUGACGAAAUACAUUCUCAUCAAGAGAAAUUUAUGGCGAAAAUGAGGGACGAGGAAGAAAAUAACGAAGAGGACUUUGAGAAAGCUUACAAGGAUGCUGCUUACGGUUUUCCCGCUUAUGAAAAAUCUACUGAGGAUAUUGAAAGAGACAUUUAUAAUCCAGAAAGUUAUGGAAUACCUCCAGAUGAUGCCGAAUAUGAUAUUGAACAUACACCUUUCCAAGCCUAUCAGGCAGAAGGCGACAAGUUUCCAAAGUCAGCACGUCUAAUGUAUAAAGAUGCAAGGGAUAAUAUGAAGAAAGAUUAUUAUUUAGAUUACGCUAUCAGUAAACCCGAAAGUUUAGUUGAUUACCACAAAAAGAAAAAGGAAUAUUAUAAGACUUAUAAUAAGUAUAAGCCCGAGAAAUAUUUUUCUAACGAUGACAGUAAUAAUAAAAUACAGAAAGAGAAAUAUACCGCAGCGCCCACUUUUAAUUUCGGUUCUGAGCCUAAACAAAAUAAAAAUUAUUUUGCACAAUAUAAAGCCUCUCCGCAAAAACACGUUUACGAGUAUGAUUAUUCUAAAGAAGCACCUAAAAAUAGGGACAAUACGGCGCAUGCUUCAAAAUCUUACCAAAGAUAUAAGGGCAAGACACACUUUGUUGAGCCUCAAUUUCAAUAUGGAUUCGAACCUAUUUCUUUACCGCGGUUACUGGAUAGUGAGUUGGCCGCAAUGGCGACCAACAAUAGUCCCGAGAGUGAAAAGCCAGGUAUGAGAAAAAAGGUUUACCAAGAGAACUGGUAUAUUAAGAAAACUAGCACGGCAGGAGGUGAGCCGGCGAGUUGAUGACGGUUAGAUAAUUAUUUAUUACAAAAAUCUGUAUCGAUAUUUUUAAAGUUAGUUCCUAAGCAACGUGUU